CUAAGCCGUUAAAAUGGGCUUAUAUCAAAGAAUUAAAACUUGUACACGUGUAAGCAGAUUGAAGCUUCCCAGCAUCACAGGGCUGAACGGCAAGCUUCAUGGUUCUCUCACUUCACUUCCUCUUCAAAAGAUAGUCUUUCUCUUUCCAUUUCCUCUCGGACAAGACAAGAUUACCCAAUGGCAAGCAAAAGCACAAAGAACCCCGAGUCCAUCUAUGAUUUUACUGUUAAGGACGCUAAGGGAAAUGUUGUGGACCUCAGUGCUUACAAAGGAAAAGUGCUAUUGAUUGUUAAUGUUGCUUCCAAAUGUGGAAUGACAAACUCAAACUACACAGAACUGAAUCAAUUACAUGAGAAGUAUAAAGAUCAAGGCUUGGAGAUACUGGCUUUCCCAUGCAAUCAAUUUGGUGAGGAGGAACCAGGAUCAAAUGAUCAGAUUGCUGAGUUUGUUUGCACCCGCUUUAGAUCAGAAUUUCCCAUCUUUGACAAGAUUGAAGUAAAUGGCGAUAAUGCUUCUCCACUGUACAACUACUUAAAGUUAGGCAAAUGGGGAAUUUUUGGAGACGAUAUCCAAUGGAACUUUGCCAAGUUCCUGGUCAGCAAGGAUGGCCAAGUUGUUCAUCGUUAUUACCCCACCGCUUCUCCACUUAGUCUUGAGUAUGACAUAAAGAAACUAUUGGGGCUUGGCCAAGAAUGAUUAGUGAGAAAGAGGAGGGAGGAUGAAGCUGUCACACUAGUGCUGAGAGAUAUAAGAGUUGCAGAAUGCCAUGUGAGAAAACUUUGGUUAAACGGGGACCCAAAACUCAGUGUAUUAUUUAUCAGAUGUAAGACUUGCCUUUAUCUACGUUCUUUUUAUGUGAAACUAGCUGAUAGUGACCUGUAUGGUGGUCGACCUCUUUAAUUAUUUGCAAUUUGGCUUUCCGCGAA